AUGGAGGUGAGUAAAAUCUCUAAUCUGAAUGUUAGAGAUGAUAAUGAAUGUAUGGAAAAUGUGAAAAUUAAAAUUGAUGCUAGUGAUAUUCAACCUGAACUGGAUUACUGGAACUCUGCUUUAAUUUGUUAUAUUGUCGGUGCUAAUCCUCCUACUGCUGUAAUGGAGGGUUUUGUCCGUCAAAUUUGGAGAAAUAUGGGGGUAGAUAAGGUGGCUGUGAUUAGGAAGGGUAUUUUUAUUGUGAGGCUUACUACUAUGGAGAACAGAGACAACAUUUUGUUAGGUAACAUGGCAUUUUUUGAUAGUAAACCUCUGAUUGUGAAGGCAUGGGAACCUGAUAUGAAUGUCCAGAAAGAUGACUUGACUGUCAUCCCAAUUUGGAUCCAACUGCAUCUAGAUUUCAAAUAUUGGGGAGUAAACUGUUGGAAGAAAAUAACCUCUCCUAUAGGUAAAUUUCUUAAAACAGACCAGGCAACGGAAAAGAGGGAUAAGUUGAUGUAUGCAAGAGUUAUGGUUGAGGUGAUGAUUGAUCAAGAUUUUCCAGAUCAGUUAUCAUUUAUAAAUGAAAAGGGGAUUGAUGUGGUGUUUGGUGUGACAUAUGAAUGGAAACCUGAUCUAUGUGAUCACUGUAAGAAGAUGGGUCAUAAUACGGAGGAAUGUAGGAAGGAAGUGAGAAAGCAAUGGAGGCCGAAGGUGCAAAGUAUUGUGGUCCAACCUGAUACACAGCCAGACAAAAUGAAGGAAAAUGACCUUCAGAUAUCCAAAAAAGGAAGUAAAAGAAAGGAGAAUGAGAGGGUGGAGACUAGUCUUGCAAAUUCCUUUGCAAUACUCAGUGAAAUGGAGAAUGAAGAGAAUGUUAUAGUAGGCAAUGGUGUAUGUGGAAAUGGUAGAAAAAUGGAUGAGGGGGGUGGGAGCUCCCUAGUGGAUCAUGGAUAA